AGGGCUUCACGGAUGGGAGUAGAAAAUGUAUGACGUAAAUGGGAUUUAGGGAGUAGGAAUCAGCCCACCGUCGGCCCAUUAUAUUAAAUCAACCACUAAGAUGCCGUAUUCCGCAUGCAACUCCGUCUAUCAGCUACUGUUUCUCGCCGCCUAGAAUCGCUGUAGACCUGCUCACUAUACUUACUGAUCAGGCUAUUACCACGCUAUAAUGUCAUAGACUCAUAGUUGCACGUUACUCACAUACCCGGUGCUUUGGAUUGGUAUUCGCUUUCCACCGAGUCCAAUGAUAGUAAUUACACGCAUCCAGCCCAAGUAGAAUCACUCACAUGAGUUAGCAGUCCAUGUGACAUUUUGCGGACGUUACAGACGUUGCGGACCUGGACGACCCAACUACGACCUUAGAGUAGUAAUUGUAAUAGUUGCCAACGCCUCGGGAAUAUUGCCUUAUAAGUACCUCCCUACCUAAGGUAGUCACCAUCAUCAACGCCAUCCUAUCCAUUCCACUAGUAAGCCAUCAUCACAAGAUCCCCUUCUUUAUAUAAAGACAUAUAAAGACACGACAGCUUGGGCUACUCAGAGGACCUCACUGCAGAGACUCAAGCUUAUUCUAAGUGUCUUUUGACUGGAAAGUCGACGCCCUUACCGAAUAGGUACACUUAGGAGUCGAAGACACCAAAACACAAUGACAGUUACACACCAGGCCGAGAUCGAGGAGAUCCGGCCGUUCGGCAAGGCUCGCUCCACGGUAGAGGGCGAGCCUCUCUCAAAGGAAGAGAUCGAGAAGUAUAACGAUUUCUUUAAGGCCAGCUUAUAUCUAUGUCUUGGUAUGAUCUACCUGAAGGAGAACCCUCUCCUCCGAGAACCGUUAAAGGUUGAGCAUAUCAAAGGCCGUCAGCUGGGUCACUUCGGAUCUGCGCCCGGCCAGAUUUUCACAUAUAUGCACUUCAACAGAUUGAUUAAGAAGUACGACCUCGAUGCUCUCUUCGUCUCUGGUCCGGGCCAUGGUGCCCCUGCCGUCAUUUCCCAAGCCUACCUUGAGGGCACCUAUUCUGAAGUUUACCCUCAGAAGUCUGAGGACACUGUUGGCAUGCAGGUCUUCUUCAAGCAGUUCAGUUUUCCUGGAGGUGUAGGAUCGCAUGCUACUCCCGAGACUCCCGGUAGUCUCCACGAAGGUGGAGAGCUUGGUUAUUCCAUCUCCCAUGCCUUCGGUACCGUUUUCGACAACCCAAACUUGAUCACCUUGACAAUGGUCGGUGAUGGUGAAGCCGAGACCGGUCCACUAGCCACCGCCUGGCAUAGCACCAAGUUUCUAAACCCCAUCUGCGAUGGUGCCGUCCUCCCAGUACUUCACCUGAACGGCUACAAGAUUAACAACCCUACUGUACUUGCUCGUAUCUCGCACAAGGAGAUUGAACAGCUCUUCUACGGAUACGGCUGGCAGCCGUACUUCGUCGAGGGUGAAGAGAUUGAGUCGAUGCACCAAGCUAUGGCCGCUACCCUCGAACACUGUGUUCAGGAAAUUCGCAAAUAUCAGAAAGAGGCUCGUGACUCUGGCAAGCCUUUCCGCCCGCGGUGGCCCAUGAUCAUCCUGCGAACACCAAAGGGAUGGACGGCGCCGCGCAAGGUUAAUGGACACUAUCUUAGUGGUUUCUGGCGUUCUCACCAGGUGCCCAUCACCGACACUACCACGAACCCGGCUGACCUUAAGAUCCUCGAGGAAUGGAUGCGUGGUUAUGAACCGGAGCGCUUAUUCGGCAAAGAAGGCAGAAUCUCCGCCGAACUGAAAGCAUUAUGUCCUACUGGUAACAAACGCAUGAGCGCAAACCCCGUUGCUAACGGUGGAUUGGUGGCCGUCCCGCUAAAGAUGCCCGACUUCCGAGACUACGCCAUCAAAGUGGACAAGACGGGUGCCACUAUGGAGGGUAGCAUGGCUAACUUCGCCAAGUUCCUACGUGAUAUCAUCAAGAACAACCCUAACAACUUCCGUCUAAUGGGUCCUGAUGAGACCGAAUCCAACAAGCUAGCUGCCGUAUACGAGGCCGGCAAGAAGGUAUGGAUGGGCGAGUACUUUGAAGAAGACGAGGACGGUGGCAACCUAUCUCCUUUCGGAAGAGUCAUGGAAAUAUUGUCUGAGCAUACCUGCGAAGGUUGGCUAGAAGGUUAUAUCUUAAGUGGUAGGCACGGUAUGCUUAACAGCUACGAGCCGUUCAUCCAUGUCAUCGACUCCAUGGUAAACCAGCACUGCAAAUGGAUCGAGAAAUGUUUAGAGGUUGAGUGGCGUGUGAAGGUCCCCUCACUAAACAUCCUCUUGACUGCCGUCGUCUGGAGGCAAGACCACAACGGUUUCACACACCAAGAUCCUGGCUUCCUCGACGUCAUCUGCAACAAGAGCCCCGAAGUAGUCCGCAUCUACCUCCCUCCUGACGGAAACUGCCUCCUUUCCGUCAUGGACCACUGCUUCCGGUCGCAGAACUACGUGAACGUAGUCGUCGCAGACAAGCAACCCCACAUCCAAUACCUCACGAUGGAACAGGCGAUCGAGCACUGCACAAAGGGUAUCGGCAUCUGGCCUCAGUUCUCCACCGACGCCGGCGAGGAGCCCGACCUCAUCAUGGCCAGCUGCGGCGACGUCUCCACCAACGAGUCGCUCGCCGCCAUCGAUCUCCUCCUACAGCACUUCCCCGACCUGAAGGUGCGGUGCGUCAACGUCGUCGACCUGUUCAAGCUGAUUCACCACACGGACCACCCGCACGGCCUGACGGACAAAGAAUGGGUCGCGCUAUUCACGGACAACAAGCCGAUCAUCUUCAACUUCCACUCGUACCCGUGGCUCGUCCACCGGCUGACGUACAAGCGGCCCGGAAGCGUGAACAUCCACGUGCGCGGCUACAAGGAGAAGGGCAACAUCGACACGCCCCUCGAGCUCGCCAUCCGCAACCAGACCGACCGCUUCAGCCUGGCCAUGGACGCCAUCGACCGCAUGCCCUCGCUCGGGAACCGCGGCGCUACCGCCCGCGACGCCCUCAAGAGCCAGCAGGUCGCCGCCGCCAACUACUCAUUCGAGCACGGCGUCGACCCCCUGUUCCUGAGCCAGUGGUCGUGGCCGGAGGAGCGUGUUAAGGAGAAGCUGCAGAAGCUGAACAUUGGAGGCAGCUAAAGAUUCCUUAGUGGCGGAAGAAUUUAUUACGAGGCGAAUGAAUAAGGCUUUUUUGUUUUCUUAUUUUCCAAAAAAAGGAAAAAAGGGGGGAGUGGGUAUUUUGGAUUGGCAUGUCUGGUUGGUGUUUCCAGGGAUAUUUCGGUUCUAAUUUUGGUCGGCACGGGUUAUAUGUCGGUUAACGUGUAAGAUGGAUGAUACGAAAAAUACAUACUUGUUAAAGUUAUUAUAUGAUUUUACUCUGAACCGAACUAUUACUGCA